AAUCUUCUAUUUGUAUUCAGCCUACAUAGGACAUUUGAACAGAGAAAUAUUGGAAAUUAGGUCAAGUAUCGCUAUCAGAACCAAGAGUUGCGAGGGAGGAAUGACAGCCAUUCAAGCACCGUCCCGCCUCUUCUCAACGCCAACACUCCAACCGUAGACGUAGCUGUGCUUCUCGCCGGGCGGUAUAAUUGCUGCGUGGCCUAUAACUGGCGUGGUCCAUGGAUCACCGUCAGCCACACCAUCCGAACAGCUACCACCACCAGCAACCGAGCGGCUCCACAAGCCGGCGCAGAGCGCGAUCCUACAGUCAACCGCUUGCAAGUCCAGUGCCGGGGCCAAGCCACAGGCCGCCAGACCCCCUCGAGUACUUGUAUCAUCCGACACACGUAGCUGGCCCGAGUACCUCCGCAGAGUUGUUUCCUCCUCCGCUCCCCGACUUCGACGACGAGUUCCUAAGAUCAAUUCUUGCCAUGCCAGACGAACACCAAGGACCGCAGACACACCUGCCACCGUUCUUUCACAUGCCGAAUAUGCCGCAGAUGGCGCAGCAGCAGCCGAUUCACCAACUGCCCACCCAGCAGUCGUCCGCCAAUCCGGUCCUGCAGCAGGCCUUCGUGACAUGGCUACAGUAUAUGCAACUUCAGCUGCACCUGCAACAACAACAAUCACAGCAGCAGCAGCAACAGCAACAUCAGCAACAGACGGCGCACCAACAGACGGCGCAUCUACAGACGCAGCAAAUGCAGCAUCAGCGACAGCAUGCUCAGUCGUCAAACGCGUUGUUCACGCCUACGCCCUUUCCUACCCUCCCACCGAUUGAUACUUCGGCUUCCUAUCAGAGGGAUGCCGUGUCACCGGAACAAACGACAAGUCAGCCCACGAGCACGCCAUCGCCAAUGAGCGGGAACGAGGGGCCCGACGCCGACAUGUCGGCCACAGGGUUGUCAGAGGAGAAGCGCAGGCGGAAUACGGCGGCGUCAGGUGAGUCUGAGAGCCUUCUCGCUAUCGUCAGACUAACCAAUGGCCCCUACGAAGCGCGCUUCCGAAUCAAGAAGAAGCAGUGGACACUGAACCUGGAGAGAUCGAUUACAGAACUGUCAGGACGUGUAGAGGAGUUAGAGCGGGAGGCUUCAGAGCUCAGGCGGGAGAAUGGCUGGCUGAAGGAGAUCGUCAUGCUGAAGUCCAAGCGCUACGGCGGGCCCACGCCACUCGCCAGCGCCGCACAAGCUAGCACGUCGUCAACAGAGGCCCCCACCGAUCCAGAAUCGUCCGCAAAUGCUGGCGGUGAGCCUGAGGAGACGUCCGAGGUGGAUGCGGGGGGCAAAGGCAAAGAGGCGAAGGCAUGAUAUCUGACACCAGUCGUAUAUAUAACGUGCC